AUGGGCUCAUAUUUUGGUCGAAACCAUUCGCCCAAGCCGUCGACCGAGCGUGCGCAUUCCUACAUCUCGCAUGCCAACGCCUCAUCGUCGCCCGUCUCGCAAUCGGCGCCUGUCCUGCCACCCAUCCCAAGCAUCGCUGAUGUCGCAGACGAUGCACAACCCACGGGACUGGGCCUCGACGCCGCCUUUACCUUCGACCCGAGUCCGCAACAGUCCACACCCUCUUCGUCUUCGAAUCUCUCGACGCCCUCACCGCUCCGCGAUGCCGCUACCACUACUGCUCCUGCUGUGCGCCCGCAGAACUUGCAAAAGGGAAGGGCUGUGACAAGUCCUGUAGGUGCCUUGCCUAGCUUCCAGCAAGCAAACAUGUCACCAUCUUCUCCCCUGGCCGCCCUUUCCGUACCCUAUUCCUCGACCACCGCCCAGGCCAAACCUCGCGCAGGCAACCGCCCACUUCCCGCCGAGUCGACAAUCAAUGGAGUCCCACAGCAUGCAAAGACGUCCAAACAGAAACCGGAACUACACUCGAACAAGUCAUCCAAAGGCAAGUUCAACCUGCUCAAUCCUGUCAACCUGCUUAUGCGCAGACGUUCUGCGCAAGCUGUCGAAACCCUCGAGAAGACACAAUCCAAGAACCUGGCCAUACCACCUAUGGAUCUUCCUGAUGAUUACGAUCCACGCAUUCGAGGCAAGCUUGUACACGAUUUCAGCGCUCCUCGAACUCGACGCACGCCGUCAUAUGAUCCGAGUCUAGCAGAGGCUUCAUCGAAACCUUCGACUGCAAACGACUCUAUCAGAUCGCAGCAGGACUCGGUCGACCGUGAUGCCAAAAGGCAAUCAGUCCAGCAUACGCCCAUCUUCGUUGAGCAUAUCGAUAGCGAACCUGACGCGAACCGUGUAAAUGCUGAAACUUUGGCGAACAGCGAUUUCAUCGCCCGAAACUCAUGGCACCAGAGUGGAGAGUCACUCAACAUGCCUCCCUUUGGCCGCCGGAGUCAGCUAUUCGAUGACCAAACUUACUCUGAACCUGCUUCCGAUUCUCCACAUUCUGCAAUGAGCGCCAUGAGCGGUCCGGGAUGGCAAUAUCACGAACCUGAGCGUGUCUACUCCCCAGUAUCACCCGAACCCGCUCCUGAAUCCGCGCCUGAGCACCACGAGCUCGGAUCUGAAAGAAACGAGCAAGAGUCACUGUCAUUUCAGCAAGAACCUCAACCAUCACCUAACCUUCUACCGAAUCCCAAUUCUACCUUGCCUAGGCAUAUGACCAGUACAGCUUCACGUUUCAGCUUUCAAAUAGCCAAUGACUCAAUAGCGGAGGAAAAACUGCUGGAAGAGAGACAUAAGCUGCGCCAGUCGAAUAUCGUCCAGGAUCCACCUAAGUUUGAGCGUGACGAUUACGAAGAUGAAGAAGAGGAUGCUUUCGACGAGGAUGCUAUGUACGAUCACGAUGAGAUGGAAGACUCGCCUGCGAACGGUCUUUACGAACAUCUCAAUUCUGGUCUGGCCGAACGUUUCUCUACCAUGAGUCUGGACUCGGGCCAGGGCCAUCAAUCUGCGGCGUCUUCGAGCACCUUGUACUCCGCUACCGCUCCUCAGACGAUGCAACCGCCCUUCCAAAACCCGUUACGCUCAAAUCCGCCACCAAGCUCAAUCCAACAGCAGCCCUCGGGUCCCUCGAUGUCAGCCGAACCUCAGCAGCAACUGGCUAGACCAUCUUCUGCCAACUCUUUCUAUUUUGAUGAUGGCAUGCUUGACCAACUUGAUGAUGUACAUGAAGAAGAGGAAGAAGAUGAGAUUGAUAAUGAAGCCUUCGAUGAAGACAAAUUCGACGACCCUUCAUAUCUGAAAAGACCGAAUCAACCACCUCAUCUGCACGAAAGCGCCACGAACUCCUCGAUCUAUGCGCCACCAGAUGCACCUGUUCACAAUAUGCAGAUGCAGCCUCAGAUACCCCAAAGUCACAUGUCUGGCUCGACCCACGCUUCCCGCGGCUCUUACUCAGCAUUCGACUUUGGCUUCAGCGAUGGUGCAACCAUAGAGGAUACCUUCUCAUCUCCGGAAAUCCCUAAUGACGACUUUGCUUUCGAUGAUUCGGAUCUGAUAUCCGCUGCAAACUCGGAAGCACUUGCAAACGACGAUGAAGGAUUCUACAGCCAAGAGUUUGGUUUUUACGCCAGAGCACGUCCAGGAGGCGAUCCUGAUGCAAUUGGGGCUAUCAACGGUGGCUAUUUUGGCGCACCUGGAAUCGAGAUCGUACGACAGAAGAGUGUAAAAGAACCGAAUCUGACUCCCAUCACCGAGCGCAGCGAAUUCAGCACGCGUAACUCGUACAUCGGCCCAUUCAGUCCACUCGCCGCUGCACUUCCAUCGCCCGGCUUUCCGCCGUCCCAUAUGGCAGCAGCGCGUAUGAGCCCUCUUGCUUGGCAGCAUUUGCAAGAAGACGAGAUGACACUAGCAGAUCUCCGAAGACUUAAGCAAGGCGCAUUCGGUAGCAGCAGCAACAGUGUCAACUCCUUGUCCUCGUCUUUCGGCGUACCGGCUCCUUACAGUCCCACCAUGGCUGCACAGAACAUGCCCGGUGGCUAUUUCAUGCCGCGCGCCGGUGGUGUUCCCAUGGCCUGGCAGCGUAGCAGCGACAGCAACUCCAACUACAACCCAUCUAAUCAUUCUUCCAGUCCUGUUCCUACAUCGCCAAUUCACGCAUCGAUUCCCAACGGUAUGACCAACAGCCAGACAUUCAAUUCACCUCUGCAACCACCACAUGCAUUCUUCGUGGCAGACAACGUCUCAACUCCUAAGAAGAGCUCAUCUGGUCUACAAGAACUGCCAGGAACGCCAGUGACGGUGAAANAAGCCGCAGCCAAGGAAACAGCUGCAGCUUCAGAACGGCAAUCACACCAAACACACUCACGAUCUGGCAGCAGUGCAGACAACAUCACUUAUGUCCGUGAAGAGGACUCUACGGGCGGCAAGCGUUGGGUCCUCGAAAGACGGCGUACGAGCGAGGCUGGCCUCUUAGAACUAAUCGGCAGAGAAGUUGUCGAAGGUGGCCGCAUUUGA